AUGGAUAAAAGAAAACAGGAGCUGCAAACUAUAAUUCAGAAGCAGGAUGAUCAAGUAAAUCAACUUCAAACGAGCGCCUUCAACCUUGCAAACUACUACUUCGUCUUUCAAGGACUUAUUUUGGGGCCUGUCGUCACUGCCACCACAGCGCUCAGAUGCUCAGAUCGCUGGUUCCUUUUCAGCCUCUCUCUGAUAGCAGCCAUACUCAAUUUGGUUUCAUUGCUUGUAGUUGGAAGCAAAUAUAAAAAACGCGUUAUGCAGAGACACCAAACCAAGAGUGAGCUCAUUGAAUUGGAAAGUGAUCUGAGCAAGCUAGAAACUUCACCUUCAGAUCAACGGCUGAAGGCUAAAAUAUUAUCGUACUGGGAUACGACGAAAAUUCAACAUCCUAUGACUGUAGGAAUUAAGCAUGAAUCGGAACUAAGGCGGAGGGUCAUGCCUGUUGUUACAAAUCAUCUACGUGAUUUUUACUAUGUAAUUUGUAUGGGCCUGUUUAUAAGCUUUGCCGUCAUCGUGAUUGUGGGUUGCUGGACCAUUCCUUGCAAGAAAUCUCUUCAAUGCACACCCCCGAUAUCAGACGUCAACACUGGUAAAUGCAUUAGGGUUUGUGAAGGCGCCAAGUGUAUGAGCAUCUGCACCCAAUUCUAG